GGAUUCAGAGGGGGUGGAGAUCAUGUUGGGCGUGUGUUCCUCCGGGCUCCUCAUCUACCGCGACAGACUUCGCAUCAACCGCUUCGCCUGGCCCAAAGUCCUCAAGAUCUCCUACAAACGCAAUAACUUCUACGUCAAGAUCCGUCCAGGCGAGUUUGAGCAGUUUGAAAGCACGAUAGGCUUUAAACUACCCAACCACAGAGCGGCCAAGAGGCUGUGGAAGGUUUGUGUGGAGCAUCACACGUUCUUCAGGUUGGUUUCUCCAGAGACUCCGCCUAAGAAGUUCCUCACACUGGGUUCUAAGUUCCGCUACAGCGGCAGAACUCAGGCUCAGACCAGACGGGCCAGUUCCCAGAUUGUCCGUCCGGCGCCGUACUUCGAGCGUUCGACCAGCAAGCGCUACACGAUGUCACGGAGUCUGGAUGGAG